AUGUCUUCAGUUCAAAAAAUCAUUUUAUUCAAGAAAAAUACUCCAGUCUCGGUUAUUGAGGAAGUUGCUAAAGAAAUCGAAGCAAAAAGCGGUAAAGUCGUCAGUAGUACAUCAAAGACUGUUAAAACUAUCACGUAUUCUGUUGAUUCAAACGCUAUAGGCGUUGCUGCGAUUGCUAAUAUUACUAGUGAAAAAAGUGAACAUAUUGAAGAAGUUCAGGAUGACGCAAUAGUCACUACUCAGUGA